GUAACCCUCGAAACGUUCCAGGUGUUCGAAAAAGAAGAUGGAAGUGUCACCUAUGAAGGUUGCCUCGGUCAUCUCGGUCAUGGGGUGUGUCCGUCGAAACUGCGACUUAAUAAAAAUGAUGUGGAAGAAAUAUUAGGCAUGCUAAGGGAAGGCCUACAAGCCGAUGAGAUUGUUGCGAAAAUACUUAAGGAAAGGUGGAAUCACUCAGUAGGUGCUGAUCGGCAAGCACGUAUCUGCUAUGUCGAAGAAAAGGACAUAUGGCGCAUGGCGCAUCGCCACGGAAUCAUUCAAGGAAGAUAUCGUCCUCCUAAAAAACCAGCUACUGUUGAUGUUUUCCCUGCAGGUAAUUUCGACUAUCAUGUCGAAGAAGUGAUUGAUCUGACAGAAAACGGCAACGAUACGUCCGAAGAUGCUCCAAUGUUCUUUCAGACAAUGCAGCGAGUGGAUACGGCAGCUAUAGAAGCAUUCCAAUCAUUCCAAGAGAUCAACCGGUUCGUAAAUGAAUUGAUGGAAUUGUGUGUGAAGGAAACAACCAGUAUGAACUGA